GUUACACUCUAUUAUGUUGGUGAAUAAAUAUUGAGUGACGCUUAUUUAAGAGGAACAAUUUAGUGGAUUGUAUUCACUGCUUGCGUGGCUUUACAUGUAGAUCUUGGAAUUAUGUUCUUACCCGUCAUUUUAGUUCUCAGUAUCUCUUGGGCGUCGGCAAUAGAAAAGGUGAUUAUCGAUGCAGACCCUGGGGUUGACGACGCCGUGGCCAUCCUCACUACCCUCGGUGACCCCAAUGUUCAGGUACUGGGGAUCACUUGCGUUAGAGGCAACAGCAACAUCAAAGCGACUGCUGUCAACGCUUUAAAUACUAUUUCUGUCAGUGGUAUGAAGAUAAAGCCAAAAGUGGUAGCCGGUAGCGACACAGGCCUUCUGUAUACACCGCUAACUAACGGCUGGUUCGGUUCUGAUGGAUUUGAGAAUCUGACUUUGCCCAAUCCACCUCCUAAAACCGACUGGAUUGGGAUAAAGCCACAUUCAGCGGCUUUUAUAGCUCGACAUGUUAAACUAUAUCCAGGAGAAAUAACUCUAAUCACUAUUGGACCUUUAACUAACGUCGCUAUUGCACUUCACUUGAACCCAAAUCUUUUGCAACAAUUGAAGAAAAUUAUAGUCCUCGGAGGCAGCAUAAGUGGAAAUGGAAACAUUGUGCCCGGAGUAGAAUUUAAUUUCUACAUGGAUCCAAAUGCCGCUAGAUUUCUCCUGGACCAGGCUCAUUCUUCGGGCACCGUUCUCACCCUCGUCCCCUUAGAAACUAUAGCAAGUCACGAUCUAACACAGACCUGGCGCUGGAACACUCUUGCCAAAAUACAAAAUCCAGCUGUUGACUUCCUGAACAAGAUAGAAGGAGCGCAACAACAAAAACACCCACAGACCGUAUACACGCCCCAUGAUACUUUUGCCACUGCAGUUUUGCUAUCCUCCAAGUUCGUCACCAAAACACAGAAACUGUAUGGGUUUGUGGAAAAUAAAAGCAACAAGACCAGCGGCGCCCUUGUCGUAGACUACUUCAACUUGACCGGCAACCAGGCCAACCUGGAAGUCGUCACGGAUGUCAGCAAUGACGUCAUCAAGCAAUUAAUGUUUGACAACUUAUCUAAUCUUGUGUAUAAGGCUGGAGCAAAUGUUUCAGGGUCUACAGACUAUACAGAAUGAACUACAAUCUUGAAUAAAAAAGUUUUAAAAUUG